AUGGAAGCACCGCGAGCGAACGAGUGCUGUGCUGUAGGAGAGAAGACCUCCUCUCCUCCGGGCGACGAUAUCAAAGAGAAUGUAUACCCGGACCCAAUAUAUGGAGCCUUCGGAGAAAUCGACAAGGCGCCGGGCUACUGGGCAAACAGAGCCCUGAUAGCUCCGUGGGCGAGGGUAACGAAUCAGAGAAAAACCCCAGGAAGCCUGUUAUAUCAUAUGGGAUCCAUGCCGCUCCUUCGGGAGCCAACCUUACAGGAAAACAGAAAGAACAACAAGCGGAAGAUAGUGGACGGGGAACAGUUCAACGCCCAAGUUGGGAGAGCCCGCCAUACAGCUGAGGCUAUGAUUGCAUACGCCGUGGGACAACGGCUUCCCCUUGCGGACUCAUGUGAAUGCUGCCAGCGGAAUGAUGGAAAAUUUGCUGCAUGCGUGCUUGUUCCGGGCCAGGAAUACUGCUCAAAUUGCCUAUGGGCGCGAAGGGAGGAUCGGUGUGUGUUUUCGAGUAUCACAAGCGCAAUUCCAAAGCGACAAAUCACACACCGGAAGAGGAAAAGCAAGACCAUCCUUGAAGCAACAACCAACAAAAGGCCAACACCCGAUUCCAGGAUGUUGAGUACAGCAAAUCCAGGGGCAUUGCACGAUGUUAUUAAUCGGUUAGAAACCCACUUGGCCGGUCUGAGCAAAGGUGUCCGGGAUGCGGAGGAGUUGUUGCAAAGCCUAAGGGCUAUCCAACAAUCGGGCACAGAAUGA